AUGGAUCCUCCUGACUCAGAAACAACUGCCCAAACAAUCGAUAGCUCGGACCCUGCCUUCGCCCCCGAAUCCGAAUCCGCUGCGGACAAGCGCCCCUCCCUCUGUUAUACCAAUGCUCCUGCGACGCCGACGCCUCCAUCCCUCCACCAUGCUCCUGCCUCCGUGAUGGACGUCGAUAGCCAUACCGAAGACCGUCCCCGUCGAGCUACCAGUGUACUUUCUAUGGACGACCUCGAGGCUGCGCAAGCCCUCGAAGGACUACGUUCCGACCACGGACAAUCGCCUCGGGCAUCGCGGCAGGCCCUUCCAACUUCGCCGGGCCCCUCCCACCAAGAACCAUUCUUGUCUCUGCUUACUUCCUCACACCCGCUGAUAUCCUCCGCAAUCAACGGCUCCGUCUCCGCUUACACCACCUCUAAGUCCUAUUCUCCGCGCUUCAAGUCCAGUGCUGAGUUUCUCGAGCGAAACAUCGGCUCACCCGUCGCCAGCACUGUCGGCACCGUCGGCCGCAAGACCGGUGUUGAGAGCGGUCUCCGCUGGGCGCUGCAGCGACGGGAUUCCACUACAGACUCUAACCGCACUAAGAAACGGCGCAAGGUUGCCGGCGAAGUCUCCCCGCCUGCUAUGGAUAUUGAGCACGAACCCGACCACCCGCUGCACUCGCAUGUCCGGAGCCCGUCUGAUCUGUCCAUGGCCGAGACACUUCCUCCAUACGAUGAUAUGCGGUCCCCCCGCUAUGAAGAGAAGCCCGGCCGUCAGAACCCGUCGACAUGGCAGAGUCGGCUCGUGAUCUCGACCUCGGGGUUGGGUGUUGCCAUGAGCGAGGAAUCGCUUCGCAGUCUGCAGUACUGUCUGACCUGGCUGCGAUGGGCGAACGGGCGGCUCGGGAAAUCCAUUGUCGCUCUCCAGAACGCCGUGACCGAAUGGGAAAACCAUAAAGCGCGACAGGGGCAGCAGCUGGCGCACGAUGUCGAGAACGGAAACCCGUCUUCCACGGGCCAGGAGAGUGCGUCUCUGCUAACGCAGCGCAUUCAGGCCGUCAAGGCGGACGUGGUGUCGACGCUGAAACAGGUGGUGGACGUCGUGUCCAAGUAUGCAGGAGGCGCGCUACCCGAGAACGCGCGCCUCUUGGUGCGUCGACACCUGACGUCUCUGCCGCACCGGUUCCAGGUCGCAUCCACCUCGCAGCCGCCACCCGAGUCGGCAGCGGCCUCUUCCGAUGCCACCGUCAAUGCACACCGCAUUUUGGUCCUUGCCCAAGAGGGCCUGGACAUGAUGGCGCAGGUCAGUGGCGUUGUUAACGACACUUUGGUCAGCGCUGAGCACUGGUGCGAGCGACUUGGCCGGAAGCGUCCUGAACGUAUCGCUUCUGAUGUGCCGGAGAAGCGGGCUGAUUCUCCGGACGUCUCGCCUACGGACACUCAGUCUUAUGGCAUGGAUAUUAAGCAGCCUUUUGUCCCGGAAACAUCUCAAGAUGUACAAAUGACGGGGCUUGAGAAGGCAUGA